AUGUCCCAGCCCCGUCAAGUUCCAACGCACUCAUCCUCGCCGUCGAAAUCCUCCUUGCGGCGUACAAGCGGCGGCCCUCAGGCACGCAGCCUUCUUCCCUCUCCACACUUCGAAGACGAUCCCAUUGUGGCUUCACAUCAAUCUCCCCAUCAGCCUCACGCCAUCGAGUACUCCGAGCAUGCUCUUGUCGAAGGAGGCGAUGAGUCAGAACAGUAUGGUAUCCAUCAGGAUGCCGAAGCCAACGCCAUCCCUUCCUUCCAGCCCUUUUUCACCUUAAUCGAGGACAGCGUGACCGGCGAGCACCACCAUCCCACGGUCCACUACAUUUUCGCCGACGACGAUGUGGACAUCAUCACUGAAGCCGCUUGUCGGAGUCUAGAGAUCCUCGACCCGUCACAGCGGACAGGUGCGCAGCACCACGAAGAUCCAAGGCUCCCACCACCCAUUGCAGGUGUACGCGAGCAAUACUUAGUGCUUGAUGUACAUCCUCGGUUCCCAACGCAGGGACAGGACUCGGUCGCCACGCCGGCCUCAUACGAAGUCACUGCAGCCCAGAGUUUCAGCGCAGAUUGGCAAGUUCUGAGAUCAUGCAUUACCACGGCUCCUACCAUCGGAGAAGGAGACGAUGACGCACUGAUGUUACGUAUUGAAGGGCGAGGAAAUACACCUAGUGACAAUCCUGCGACCGCUUAUAAGGAGAGUAUGGAAGAGAUGAUUGAGCGAUUCCAGCGUCGUCUCGAAGAGAUCAAGCAGGUCAUGGAAGCAACUUCCCCAGGGGAGGGCCAGGUGGAAGGAGCCGCACCAGGUAGUGGCGUGGAUGAGUAG